AUGCCUGUGACGCUCAGGGACCGACGAGCCAGCGAACUGGGUCGUGUGGGAUGCGAGAUCCUUGUCGGCGUGGGCCUACCGCGAGACAGCAACACACGCAACCAACCGCCGUCCGCGGGGACUGAAGCGAGCGACCUGGCUGGGUAUCACCUAUCUCGGGGCCCUACGGCGAAUGCGGCAACUGGUGCGCAGCCCAUGAUAAGCCCUCGUCUUGUCUGGUCUCGUCCAGCCGUCCAGCCCCUUCCUCUCGCCUGUUUCAAUGUCGCAAUCCAAAACGUCGACGUGCGAGUCUUCCCCUCGGGCGAGGCCAUCAACAUUGCUAUUGCGACGACGACUGCAGCCGAGCAGCGAUUGACAGCGAAACUAGUCCGCCAACGGGUCGCCGCACACCGACCACACGCCGACCCCUCAGAACAGCGACUGAUCGGGGUGCUUAGGCACACGACUGAACCACGUCCGCAAUUGCGAGUUGGCGCCGAGAACUGCGCAAGACUCGGUCUCCUCGAAACGCCGAAGACGUUGUCGUGUCAGAAGCUGCCGCGCCUGCGCAAGCAUGCCUUUUCGCGCGACGAUUCUCCCACGGCCCACGUUAGUAUAGCGAGAGAAUCGCCCGACCCAGCUCAGAUUAGCAGCGCCGGCGGCUCCGUCGCCGCUGAAUCGACGACUGCCACGAUGCCAUCGAGCCGGGACAUUGAGCUGAAGCUGUAUCCGCUGAAGGAGGACUCGUUCGCGCACGGCACCAACUACAGCAUGCGGGAGCCCAUGUACGAGGACCCGCAGCCCCAGGGCAUGCUUGCGCGAUGGAUGGACGGCUUUCGACGGGACACGGGCUACACUAUCACGCCCAAGGACCCCUUCGACGAGAUCCUCGCCACCGAGGUGGGCUCCAUACAUCCCCCGCCGCUGGAACAGAAUGGCGGCUCCCACUACUACGACAUGCGCCUCGCGACGCUGAGGACCGCCCAGUCUAGUCUCGCCCGGAAGUUGAAGGGGAGACAUCUGCAGAUGAUUGCCAUCGGUGGCUCGAUCGGUACCGGUCUGUUCGUGGCUUCCGGUAGAGCCCUUCAGACGGGAGGGCCCGCGGCCGUGUUAAUAGCAUACACCUUGGUUGGUGCUAUGCUCUAUUUCACAUGCCAGGCACUUGGAGAACUCGCUGUGGCUUUCCCCGUCGCCGGUUCGUUUUCGGCUUUCUCAACACGUUUCCUUGAUCCCUCGUGGGGUUUCGCAAUGGGAUGGAAUUAUAUUUUGCAAUGGAUCGUGGUACUUCCACUCGAGAUCAUUGCCGCGGCUAUAACUAUAUCUUACUGGAAUCCUCAUCUCCCCAGGGCCAUAUUUGUGACGAUAUUUCUUCUCACCGUCGUCGUUAUCAACCUUUUCGGCGUCAAGGGCUAUGGUGAAGCUGAGUUCAUUAUGGCAAUCGUCAAGGUUACUGCCGUCAUCGGUUUUAUAUUACUGGGCAUAGUCCUCAACAUUGGUGGGACUCCGGAUGGCGGUUACAUUGGCGGGCAAUAUUGGCAGACUCCUGGUGCCUUCCACAACGGCUUCAAGGGGCUGUGCAGCGUCUUCGUCAUGGCGGCUUUCGCAUUCGCCGGUACAGAGCUUGUCGGCCUUGCUGCCGCAGAAACGAUUAACCCGCGCAAGUCGUUGCCCACUGCCAUCAAGCAGGUCUUCUGGCGCAUCACCCUGUUCUACAUCGUAGCGCUGACACUUAUCGGGCUGCUCGUACCCUAUAACGACGAACGACUGCUGGCGGAUGACACCCGCCCAAACACAGGGGCCUCCCCAUUUGUGAUUGCCAUUGAAAACGCGGGCAUCGAGAUUUUACCAUCUGUCAUGAACGUGGUCAUCCUGAUUGCCGUGCUUUCGGUUGGUAACUCGUCCGUUUUCGGCUCAUCCCGUACGUUGGCGGCUCUCGCAGACCAGGGACAGGCGCCGCGAAUACUCUCCUACAUCGACCGACGAGGACGGCCUCUGGUCGCCAUCCUUGUGUCGUUGUCCGUGGGCCUGCUCGCCUAUCUUGCUGAUACCGCAUCCCAAUCGACCGUGUUUGAUUGGCUUCUGGCCAUUGCCGGUCUCUCCUCCAUCUUCACGUGGGCCUCCAUCUGCCUGGCGCACAUCCGGUUCCGCAAGGCGUGGGCGGCCAAGGGCCACAGCCUGCGCGAGCUCGCCUUCAAGGCCCAGUGCGGCGUCUGGGGCUCGUGGGUCGGCUUCGUGCUUAACGUGCUGGUGCUCAUCGCUCAGUUCUGGGUUGGCGCGUGGCCGGUUGACUACGAUACCAUGUCCAGCCGGGACCUGGCCGAGAACUUCUUCCUCCAGUACAUGGCCGCCCCGAUCGUCAUCCUGUUCUACCUCGCCCACCGGCUCUACUUCCGCACCAGCUUGGUGCACAUCGAGGAUAUGGACAUCGACACCGGCCGGAGGGAUUUCAAUCUGCCGAUCCUGGUCGCGCAGGAGUCCGAGGAGAGGAGGACUUGGCCCAAGUGGAAGAGGCUGUACAAGUAUCUUUGUUAA